CUUUCGUUUCCGGGGCUUAAAAAUGUUUACUUGAGCCCAAAGAAAAGCCCAUUAAAACUCACCACGUCAUCACUCACUUUUCUCUAUUUAAAACCUCAUAUUUGUCUCAGUGUCAGAUCACCCUACCAUAUCUCACCACAUCACCUCUUCGUCUUCGCCAAUCUCCAUACGAGAGCUUCCUCUGUUUCUCCGCUGCUAUGGGUAGCUCCGGCGACGUUAACUGGAAACUCGAGGACCACCCCAAGCUCCCCAAAGGCAAAACCAUCGGACUGAUCGUUCUCGACGGAUGGGGCGAAUCCGAGCCCGAUCAAUACAAUUGCAUCCACAAAGCUCCAACUCCCGCCAUGGAUUCACUCAAAAACGGACGUCCUGACACGUGGAGGCUGAUCAAAGCUCACGGCACAGCCGUUGGUCUUCCCAGCGAGGACGAUAUGGGAAACAGCGAGGUUGGCCAUAAUGCUCUCGGAGCUGGGAGGAUUUACGCUCAGGGUGCUAAGCUUGUUGAUCUCGCGCUUGAGUCCGGGAAGAUUUAUGAAGAUGAAGGGUUUAAAUACAUUUCUGAGGCUUUUGAGAAGGGGACUGUGCAUCUUAUUGGGCUUUUAAGUGACGGUGGAGUUCACUCUCGCUUAGAUCAAGUUCAGUUGCUGUUGAAGGGUUUCGCAGAACGUGGCGCUAAGAGAAUCCGUGUUCAUAUACUUACUGAUGGUCGUGAUGUUUUGGACGGGUCUAGUGUCAGCUUUGUGGAGACUCUUGAAAGUGAGCUCGCUGAGCUACGUUCCAAAGGUGUUGAUGCUCAGGUUGCCUCUGGUGGAGGUCGUAUGUAUGUCACAAUGGACCGUUACGAGAAUGAUUGGACUGUUGUGAAACGUGGGUGGGAUGCGCAAGUCCUUGGAGAAGCUCCCCACAAAUUCAAAAACGCUCUUGAAGCAGUUAAGAAACUGAGAUCUGAACCUAAAGCCAAUGACCAGUACUUGCCACCGUUUGUCAUUGUUGACGACAGUGGGAAGGCUGUGGGUCCAAUCGUUGAUGGUGACGCGGUUGUUACGUUCAACUUCCGUGCUGAUCGAAUGGUCAUGCUUGCCAAAGCCCUCGAGAAUGAAGAUUUUGACAAGUUUGAUCGCGUACGUUUCCCAAAGAUUCGUUACGCAGGAAUGCUCCAAUAUGAUGGAGAGCUAAAGCUUCCUAGCCAUUACCUUGUUUCUCCACCAUUGAUUGACAGAACGUCUGGUGAAUAUCUUGCACACAAUGGCGUCCGUACUUUUGCUUGCAGUGAAACUGUCAAGUUUGGCCAUGUUACCUUCUUCUGGAAUGGAAACCGCUCUGGAUAUUUCAACGAGAAGCUAGAGAAGUACGUUGAGAUUCCGAGUGACAGCGGAAUAUCAUUCAAUGAACAGCCAAAGAUGAAAGCGCUGGAAAUUGCUGAGAAAGCAAGGGACGCUAUCCUUAGUGGCAACUUUGACCAGGUGCGUGUUAACCUGCCAAAUGGAGACAUGGUGGGUCAUACCGGUGAUCUUGAUGCUACUGUUGUUGCAUGUGAGGCUGCUGAUGUUGCUGUGCGGAUGAUUCUUGAUGCCAUAGAAAAGGUUGGAGGGAUAUAUGUUGUGACUGCAGAUCACGGAAAUGCUGAGGACAUGGUUAAAAGGGACAAAGCUGGCAAGCCCGCUCUUGACAAGGAAGGAAAGCUUCAGAUUCUCACCUCUCACACCUUGAAACCGGUGCCAAUUGCAAUAGGAGGUCCUGGUUUGUCAGCAGGAGUUAGGUUCAGACAGGACUUGGACACACCAGGGCUUGCGAAUGUAGCUGCAACGGUGAUGAACCUCCAUGGAUUUGUGGCUCCGGGCGAUUAUGAGCCGAGUCUGAUUGAAGUAGUCGACAAGUAAUGAUGGUGUGGUGAUCGUUGUUCCCUCUGAAAGUCCCACUUGAGCUUCUCUAAAUCAUGAUUCUGUUUACGUUUCUUUUUUCUUUUCCUCGUGCUCUUCCUUUAAUAAGGCCCUCUUGAUUUUUGAGGUGGCGGUAGUUUAGACUCGCCACUAUCAACUGUCUGUUCUGGGUCAAGUUAAAAACUGCAUUUGGAUGUUUUGUUUGCACAAACUGAUUCUGAUUUUGAAGGUUUAAUAAUAAUUAAACGAAUUACAUAAAA